GUGCAGAGUUAGAAGGCCGCACCGCCAUGUGACACAGCAAUCCUAUCAGCUCUGCUCCGGACACUUCUGCUGUGAGACUGAGCUCUGUGGUCUCUCUCAUUGGCCCUUGGACAUGUUUGUUGCAUCUAAAGGUGCUGGUUUAAAUCCGAAUGCAAAAGUAUGGCAAGAAAUUCCACAAGGAAGCUCUGAAGUAUCUCAAACAGCCAAUGGCAUGGAUGAGUCUUGGGAUGAGGCAGCCAUAACAGAGACUUGCCAAGAAGGUUGUUUACAAAAUCCGAGUGAGUCUAAUAAGCAGUUUGAAGUAAUGUAUUCCCCGUCUUGUGAAGUGAGCAGAAACGGGCUCAACUUAGAGGAAGCAACUGCAAAUGGAAUGGACUUAAUAGCACAGGAUGAGAUUGGAUACCAAAUGUUUGAGGUUACAGGUGAUGGCACAUCCCCAGUUCCUCAAGUUGUUAGUGCAGAAGAUUUAAAAGAAUGUUUGAAGAAACAACUUGAAUUCUGCUUCUCAAGAGAGAAUCUUUCAAAGGAUCUUUAUCUGAUGUCACAAAUGGAUAGUGAUCAGUUUGUACCUAUUUGGACAAUUGCAAAUAUGGAAGGCAUUAAGAAGCUGACCACUGACAUGGACCUUAUUCUUGAAGUGUUGAGAUCAACGCCUGUGGUGCAAGUUGAUGAAAAAGGAGAGAAAGUGAGACCAAAUCACAAGCGAUGCAUUAUUAUUCUUCGAGAGAUCCCAGAAACUACUCCUGUGGAGGAGGUUAAAGCACUAUUUGAUAACGAAAACUGCCCCAAAGUAAUAAGUUGUGAAUUUGCUCACAAUAACAACUGGUAUGUUACAUUCCAGUCAGAUACUGAUGCACAACAGGCGUUCAGAUAUCUAAGAGAAGAAGUAAAAACUUUUCAGGACAAGCCAAUAAUGGCUAGGAUAAAAGCCAUCAAUACGUUCUUUGCUAAGAAUGGAUAUCGCACGGUGGAUUCUAGUGUUUACACACAGCCAGUUCAAUCCCAAGCACAGUUUGCCUCGCCUUUAUUUAUGCAACCUGUAUAUAAUGCUCAUCAGCAGUACUCCAUCUAUAACAUUGUGCCUCAGACAUGGUCUCCAAACACAGCACCUUACUUUGAAACACCACUGGCUCCAUUCCAAAAUGGGGGAUUUGUUAAUGGUUUUAAUUCAUCAGGAACUUACAAACCAAAUUCGGCUUCUUUGAGUGCUGGUCGGCCGUUCCAUAGAAAUCGUGUGAAGCCUCCGUUUAGAACAUCUGCAAACCCUACUGAAUGUCCAGAUGUUGGUGCAACAGCAACGUCUGUAUCACAAGUGGAUGUGUCUAUAAGUAGAUCAAACUCAAGGUCAUAUACUUCUGAGAAGCCCAGCACUUCAUUGGGAACCCAACACGAUCACAAUUUUUCAUCUAAGGACACACUAUCCCUACAUUUUGAACAGAAUGGCAUAGAAGGAGCUUUCCGGGGCAGAAGGAAUACAUUUAGAGGCAGAAGGCGAAAAGAUGAUGAUCGUUUUUCUCGCCCAUUGAAUUCAGUGGAAGAGGUUGCACAGACACCAAAGUUUGAUUUGCUGGCAUCUAAUUUUCCCCCUUUGCCUGGAAGCUUAGUAAGCAGUCCGGGAGAACCUGUACUUGAAAGUAGGAUGGCUGAUGUUGUUAAAGGAAUUUGCAAGGAAAAGGAGCAUAAAGAACCUCCUGUAAACUUGUCAACAAACACUCAGGAAGAACCAGCAAAAGCCAUCCCCCAGCCUAUAACUCACUCAACACACUCUUCAGCAGAUGAAUUAAUACUGCCUCCACCACCAAGUAAUGCAGUUCUUGAGAAAAAAAUAGAAAUAACCUGCCAUAAAGAUGUUGCCAGCCAGACAUCUGUAGCAGAACCUGUAUGCACUUCACCUUCUGGAAAGCAGCCUAAAGCCACUUCAGCUGCAAGUGUGUCAACUAUGUUAAAUACACCGGAGCCUCGGAAAUUAAGUUAUGCGGAAGUUUGUCAGAAACCUCGUAAAGAGCAAGCUCCAUCUCCUGUCCAGCCUCUUCAAGAGCUGCGUACAAACAUUGCAUCCCCUGGCAAAAAUGAAGAGAACUGUAUUCCCGAGAAGGCUGAGAAGAGUCUUGAAAAGUCUCACAAAAAACUUGAUAAAGCUAAAGAUUCUCCAGGACACCGCAGUAAUGGAACAUCCAGAGCAGCAGCAGCAGGAAAGAUUAGGGAACAGAGACGGCAGUUUGGACGUAGAUCUUCACCUCAGGGAGUUAUGAGACGUAAUGGCAAGGAGCAAUAUGUGCCACCAAGAUCACCAAAGUAAAAACUACUCUUGAAAUUUUAAAUCUUUAAACAUGGACACAGCAGCAGGGGAUAGACUGGAUUCAACUGUCAUUCAGCAGCUGACAAAGUAGUCCUAAUGGAAUUCCAAAAAAAAAAAAAGAAGAAUUAUAAUGGGCUUUGUGGAGGACAGUGGCCAGCUCCAGUCAUGUUUAUAAAAAAAAAAAAUUAUAUAUAUAAUUUAGAUUUUUUUUUUUAAAAUUAACAAAUUUAGCAUUUUUAAGUUGCAGAUGUUUCUGCCUGAUUAUCAGUUUCAAGGUAGAGAAAAAGAGGUGCGAGAGAAGAAAAUAUUUUUUUGAAAUAACAGAUCCGUUAAAAAAAAAAAAUGAAUUAUUUUUUUUUUUUAAUCGAAGGCUUUGCUAAGUAGUCUGUGUAUUCCAUUUUGGCCUUGAAAGUAUAUACCAUGGGCGUGAUGAGUGUGGUCAUUGUGAAGUAACUGCCGUUCCGUCAUGGAUUAUGAAACUGAAUGUACUGCUGUCACUUAUUUUACAAAAGUAGGUUAAACAAUACUUUGAUUUCUAUUGUUUAUUCCUAAACGGCUAAAUCUAAUCUUACAGAGUAUCUGAAAAUAUUAGAAUCGCAGCUUAUGCAAAAGAACAUAAUUCUGUAAACCGAUGAUUUGUAUUCAUUUCAUGAUUUGCCUCCCCCCCCCUUCUCUCGUGCAUCAUCUUCAUAUUUGUUGUUGUGCAGUUGUGUGUUUGUCAGUGUCUUAACCAAGAAAGGGCUACCUGUAACUGACACACAAUCUCUUUGUGCUCACUGGAAUGACUGCAGAACAAAUCCCAAAUUGGGUUCUUUUUUUCUGCAAAGUACAUGCUCUCAUAUUACAUGUUGCUUUUUCACCUAGUUUUAUACUACAAGGCGGUGGCCUGGACAAUAGAAGUACAUUUUUUUUGGGUGGGGGGGGUAAACUAAGAAGUAUCUACAAAUGUAAGCACUAUACUUGUUACACGGAGAAGGCAUAUCUGUUUAAUAGUUAAUUACUGAUGGGAGGUUUCCUAUAUCUGUAGCAGAUAAUGAUUAAGGGGAUGGGUCUUAUCGAUGUAUAGUUUUCAAGCAGUACACCACAAAUAAUAACUUUUUAGUUUUUUUAUUUUGUUUACCAUCUAUUAAAAAUAAAUAAAUGUAUAAACUAAAAUUUUUUUUUCAGUGUUUCCCAAUAGAAGCCUGGCCUCAUUUGUGCUCUUAUUCAUAUUCAGAUGAAGAAAGUCUUCGGUAGCAGUGCCAUUGUGAAACGGUUCUAUGCUAAAUAAGAGCUACGAUUGGCUGUUUCUCAGCCCCGUGUUGACUGCCAUACUACAGCCGCCUUUUUUUUUUUCUAUUAUAAACUUGUGUUUUAAAAUGAGGGCCAGGGCUUUGAGACCAUUGGGAAACACCAUUAGGAAAUAUAUUGGAAGCAUUCACAAGCAGCAUGAUGAUAGCUAGCCGCUGGUCAGGGAUCACUGCUGGAACAGUGAUUACAGUGUUUUACAUUAGUUGCCGCCAAUUUGAUGCCCCCCCCCCUGAUUGAAGCUGUGGCAGCAACUAAUAUUUAUAAUUAUAAUCACAAAUGUUAAA